UUGGCCAAUGAGCUGAAGGGGUCUGGAGGGAGGCGGGAUUUCCUCGACCAAUCGGCAGGCGCGUGCCCUUUGCCGCUCUAUGCCGCCCCGCCCCGGCUCGCUGGUCCCAGAAGGCGCCGGGUUUCCCAAGAUGGCGGCCGACGUGUCCGUUACUCACCGGCCCCCGCUAAGCCCGGAGCCUGGGGCCGAGGCUGAAGCCACCGAGACUGCAGAGCGCCGGGCGCCUGAAGAAGAGCUGCCGCCGCUAGAUCCAGAAGAGAUCCGGAAACGCCUGGAGCACACCGAACGACAGUUUCGUAACCGCCGCAAGAUACUGAUCCGGGGCCUCCCGGGGGACGUGACCAACCAGGAGGUACAUGACCUACUCAGUGACUAUGAGCUCAAGUACUGUUUUGUGGACAAAUACAAAGGCACAGCUUUCGUGACCCUGCUGAAUGGGGAGCAGGCCGAGGCGGCCAUCAGCGCCUUCCAUCAGAGCCACCUGAGGGAGCGAGAGCUGUCGGUGCAGCUGCAGCCCACAGAUGCGCUGCUGUGCGUGGCCAACCUGCCCCCAAGCCUCACGCAGGCACAGUUUGAGGAGCUGGUACGGCCCUUUGGCAGCCUGGAGCGAUGCUUCCUGGUCUACAGCGAGCACACCGGCCACUCCAAGGGAUAUGGCUUCGCCGAGUACAUGAAGAAGGACUCGGCUGCCCGCGCCAAGUCCGACCUGCUAGGCAAGCCACUGGGGCCACGCACGCUCUAUGUGCACUGGACAGAUGCGGGCCAGCUCACGCCAGCCCUGCUGCACUCACGCUGCCUCUGUGUGGACCACCUGCCCCCUGGCUUCAGUGACGUGGACGCCUUGCACCGGGCACUGUCGGCUGUGCACACGCCCACCUUCUGCCAGCUGGCGUGUGGCCAGGACGGGCAACUGAAGGGCUUCGCGGUGCUGGAGUACGAGACCGCCGAGAUGGCUGAGGCAGCCCAGCAGCAGGCUGACGGUCUGGCCCUGGGGGGCAGCCACCUGCGCGUGUCCUUCUGUGCCCCGGGGCCACCAGGCCGCAGCAUGCUGGCAGCGCUCAUCGCUGCCCAGGCCACGGCCCUCAACCGUGGCAAGGGGCUCCUGCCUGAGCCCAACAUCCUGCAGUUGCUCAACAACCUGGGCCCAUCUGCUUCUCUGCAGCUGCUCCUCAACCCCCUGCUCCACAGCGGUGCUGGGGGCAAGCAGGGCCUUCUGGGCGCGCCCCCAGCCAUGCCACUGCUUAGCGGGCCGGCCCUGUCCACAGCGUUGCUGCAGCUCGCCCUCCAGGCCCAGAGCCACAAGAAGCCUGGGAUCCUGGGAGACUCGCCCCUGGGCACCCUCCAGCCUGGGCCCCAGUCAGCCAACCCCCUCCUCGGGGACCUGUCAGCAGGCGGGGGCCUGGCCCCAGAGCUGCCGCCUCGGCGAGGAAAGCCACCACCACUGCUGGGCCCUUCUGGGGGGGACCGAGAGCCCAUGGGCUUGGGCCCUCCAGCGGCUCAGAUCACCCCCCCACCUGCCCCUGGGGGGCUCCGAGGCACAGGCCUUAGGGGCCUGCAGAAGGACAAUGCACCCCUGUCCACGCCUCCUGGGGUCUCUCUGCUGGGGGAGCCCCCCAAGGACUACCGGAUCCCCCUGAAUCCCUACCUGAACCUACACAGUCUGCUCCCAGCUAGCAAUCUGGCUGGCAAGGAGGCCCGGGGCUGGGGGUGCACCACGAGAGGCCGCCGCCCAGCUGAGGGGCCCCUGCCCACGCCCCCAGUCCCAGGAGGAAGCGCUGGUGCAGGUAGCAGCAGCAGCAAAGCCUUCCCGCUCAAGUCCCGCCUGCUCAGCCCCCUCAGCUCCCGCCUGCCCCCUGAGCCCGGGCUGCCCGACAACUACGGUUUCGACUACCCCUCGGAUGUGGGACCUCGGCGGCUCUUCUCCCAUCCCCGGGAACCAGGCCUAGGGCCUCACGGACCCAGUCGCCACAAGAUGUCUCCCCCACCCAGUGGCUUCAGCGAGCGGAGUAGCGGAGGCGGAGGGGGCCCUCUCUCUCACUUCUACUCGGGCUCACCCACCUCCUACUUCACCAGUGGCCUGCAGGCUGGCCUCAAGCAGAGCCACCUCAGUAAGGCAGUUGGCUCGUCUCCGCUGGGCUCCGGCGAGGGGCUCCUGGGCCUUGGCCCAGGGCCCAACGGCCACAGCCACCUGCUGAAGACCCCCUUGGGUGGCCAGAAACGCAGCUUUGCUCACCUGCUGCCCUCACCUGAGCCCAGCCCAGAGGGCAGCUACGUGGGCCAGCACUCCCAGGGCCUCGGCGGCCACUACGCAGACUCCUACCUGAAGCGGAAGAGGAUUUUCUAAGGGGCUGGCCCCGAGGACGCUCGGGGCCUGUGCCGCAUUGCUCUGGGGCUUUCUGGUGUUUUGUUUUGUGAUCUUAAAUUUUUUUUUUCUUCUUUUGGGUAAUAGAGAAAUCUCUGAAAGACUUUGCUGACCAACAAGCCAGAGCCCAAGGAGUGUGGGGGUGCCCAGCAGCUCUGCUCGCCAUCCUGCUCCAGGCAUGGGAACCACAGCCUUAAGAGAGAGGGGCCUGACCUGCUCUCUCCCUGCCCACUGCCGUCCUCUCUUGGGCCUGGCUCUUUCUCGGGAGUCCCCUCCUGCCUUGUCACUCCUGUGUUUUGGCCUUUUGAGUGCCUUGGAGGUUUUCCUGACCUCCUGUGAGGAUCAGAGACUGUCUCCCUGCCCCCUUUUUAACUUUUGACAGUUGACUUUAUUUCCUUUUCUAAUUUUUAUUAUUUUUUAAGCCAUCCCACAUGACCCCCCACCCACCCACUCCCAGCUCUGAUCCCUUCAAGGUCCUGCCUGUCCGGGCCUCCAUUCCACACUUCGAAGUUCCAGCCGGCUCAGCCCUCUGCUCUUUCUCCUGUCUGCUGCAACGGGGCGUCUCCUGCGGCUGCCCCCCUACUCUGGCCAAUACUCUGCCCCGGUCCCCUGCCCCCCGCCACAGCCCUCCGGCCUUCUGAUGCCUUAACCUUGGGCUGCAGACCCCGCAGGCCAGAGCCUCUCAGACAGUGAGCUCCGGAAGCUUGACUCAGGACCAAACAGCUCUGGCCUCAGGCGUGGGCCCCUCUGCACCCAGGGACUCCACCCUGGGGACAGUAGUAGGAGGCCUCAGCCUCGGUCUUGGCAGUGCCCCACCCCAGCCA